AUGCCAUUUAUCAAACCUAUCAAAAAACAGCCAUCCUCAACAUUGAUGGAUAAGAAAUCACAGAAAUGUGGACUGCGGUGCGCAGUUUUCUCGGCCAAUGGAAAUGUAUACACCGGGGAGUGGCAGGACGACAAGAAACAUGGGAAGGGAACUCAGGUAUGGAAGAAGUCUGGUGCCAUUUAUGAAGGAGACUGGAAAUGUGGAAAACCUGACGGGUAUGGUGCCUACAGUGUGCUCCUCCCAAAAACAAAGAAGCAUGUAAGGAAGUACUGUGGUGGAUGGAAAAAUGGAAAGAAGCAUGGCUAUGGGACGUACUUCUACGAUUGCUCAGCAGUUUAUGAGGGAGAGUGGAGUGAGGACCAUCGGACUGGCUGGGGAAGGAUGUGUUAUGACAAUGGAGAUAUCUAUGAGGGAGAGUGGAUGAAGGAUAAGAAUAAUGGACAGGGCAUUAUUCGAUAUGUGAAUGGCAAUUGGCAUGAAGGCACCUGGCGAGAUGGCAAGAAGAAUGGUAAUGGAAGGUUCUGCUAUUCUAACAAAGGCCAGCUUUAUGAAGGUAUUUGGGUGGAUGGAGUAGCAAAGUGCGGGACCCUGUCUGAUUUUGGGAGAGAUGCAGCACCAACACCGACACAGUAUCCAAUUCCACAGGUACACCUUGUGGAUAUGCAGUUGGUUUUAAGGGAAGCCCAAUCAGCCUACCUUGAUCAGUGUUGA